AUGUACAUCAAGUCAAUUGCUCUUGAAGGAUUUAAAUCCUAUGCUCAGAGAACGGAAGUUCGUGACUUUGAUCCAUUUUUCAAUGCCAUUACUGGCUUGAAUGGUAGUGGCAAGUCCAAUAUCUUGGACUCAAUCUGUUUCCUGUUGGGAAUCACCAAUCUGUCACAGGUGCGAGCUUCCAACUUGCAAGAUCUAGUUUACAAAAAUGGGCAAGGAGGAGUUAGUAAAGCAACUGUGUCUAUUACCUUUGAUAAUUCUGACAAGAAAUUAAGUCCACUGGGAUUUGAAGCUAGUGAUGAGAUCAUUGUCACUAGGCAGGUUGUCAUUGGAGGUAGAAAUAAGUAUCUUAUCAAUGGUGUGAAUGCUACCAACACUCGUGUACAAGAUCUCUUCUGUUCUGUUGGACUCAAUGUCAAUAACCCUCACUUCCUCAUUAUGCAGGGACGAAUUACCAAAGUUUUAAAUAUGAAGCCACCAGAGAUUUUAGCUAUGGUUGAAGAAGCAGCUGGUACUCGGAUGUAUGAAUGCAAGAAAAUGGCCGUCCAGAAAACCAUAGAGAAAAAGGAGGCCAAACUGAAAGACAUUCAAACGGCCUUAGAUGAGGAGAUCACACCAACUUUACUGAAACUGAAAGAG